AUGGGGUCGUUGAAGCAAGACGAUGAAUUGGAGAAUGGUAUGGAAGAAUCAAAGGAAGCAAUCCUGUACGUGAACGGCGUCCGUCGAGUAUUGCCCGAUGGCCUGGCUCACAUGACACUUCUCGAGUAUCUCAGAGGUAAAUUCACUCCUGCCCUAGGUUCAAUUUCAAAACGAAAGGUCCAAAUUGUACCACGAAAAAAUGGAAAGGAUCGAAAUUUUACCUUUAUAACAGUGGAACAGACAAAUGGUAAGUGUAAGGGCACUGGGGCCAGAAGGGAAAAUGAAGUGAUGUAUUCGGGCACUUUUAACUUUGCUCUCUUUUUACUUUUUGACGUCCAUGAUUGUUUAUCAUAA